GACAAUAUCUUUGAAUGGUAUGACUCGAACAUCCUGUCUAUUUGAUCUAACAUUACACAAUUUUUGUUCUCUACUUCCUAAAUUCUUGCAUGUGAUGGAAGCCAUGAUAUGAGCCCUGAUAUCUCCUUCUGGUCUGAGGAGGUGAGGGAGGGAGGGGGAGGGAGAAAGAGAGAGCUUGGUUGGUGAAAGUUUUUCAGUUCUACAAGCAAGAGUGCCGAGUCAGUCCAACACUGGGUCCUCUGACUGCUCUUUAGAACCAAUUUAUUUGUCCUUCUCCUGGUAGUGGUGGUGUUCCAACCUCCUUCCCAAGUUCAGGAACCUCUUACUCUAUAAUUUCUUUUUUUCUGUAGUCUUCGUGCUGGACUAUCUUAUGUUGACACUCUAAUUUGUUUGUCUAUAAUAUUUUUGUAUCCAAAUCUCUGAGCUAGAUAGGCUAUUCUAUGAGAAAGAGAAGGGUGUCUUCCUAGUACUCCUACAAGGAAAGAGGCAUUCUGAGCCCUGUCAGUACUUCCUGAGCCUAAAAGGUUUCUUGGCGUCUACCUGGACAAAAAGAUAUAGAAUCGACGAGCCCAUACAAGAGGUCUUCUUCUUAUGAUUAUAGAGAACAGAGAACAGAGCCUAUUUAAGUCAUCUGUGGAGGGCUUGGCUUCCUUUCUCCUACCAGAAUAGUAGUAAUAAUAAUGAAAAUUCUAAGGGACUCUCGUUUGAAAUUUGGAAUGCUUCUGCUGGUGCAAAAAGGUUAGAGAGGUUGGUAUUUUUUGUGAGUUCUGAGUAGGGAUCUUGGUUAUGUGUCGAGCAAUGGCAGCAGGCGCCCAAAACCUGGAAGAGCUGCAGGAGAAACACCUGAGGAAGCAGCUUGCUGCUACUGUCAGGAACAUCCAGUGGAGUUAUGCAAUCUUUUGGUCCAUCUCAACAAGGCAACAAGGGGUCUUAGCAUGGAGUGAUGGGUACUAUAAUGGUGAUAUAAAGACAAGGAAGACUACUCAACCAGUGGAGUUUAAAGCUGAUCAAAUGGGUCUCCAGAGAAGCGAGCAACUGAGAGAGCUAUACGAGUCUCUUUCAGCAGGAGACGGCAAUCAGCAGUCCAAAAGGCCUUUUGCCUCACUAUCACCUGAAGAUCUGACAGACACGGAGUGGUAUUACCUGGUUUGCAUGUCUUUCACAUUCCGUCCAGGCCAAGGGUUGCCCGGUAAAGCCUUAGCAAGCAAUCAGGAUAUCUGGUUGAGCAAUGCUCAAUUUGCAGACAGUAAAAUAUUUUCACGAUCUCUUUUAGCAAAGAGUGCAUCUAUCCAGACUGUGGUGUGUAUUCCCUUCAUGGACGGUGUGCUAGAGCUGGGUACAACUGAACCGGUUUUGGAGGAUUCGGCUCUCAUACAGCAAGUCACAAAUUCAUUCUGGGAGUUGCCUAUCCCUGUUUGCUCCGAGCAAUCUGUAUCCAGUCCUCCAUUGGCUGAAAAGGAUGAAGACAUCUUGUGCCCUAAUCUUGAAUGUGAAAUUGUUGAUACGAUGAUUUUGGGGGAACACAACUUAGUGCCUGAUUGUCAGGCCCCUUUGGAGAGUGGGUCCCCAGCUUUCCCUUUUGGUAGUCAUUCUUAUGCCUCUGACAAAGAAAAUGAGCUAAUCCAGGAUAAGGUCGAGGAAUUGCAGGCAAGUAUCUGCGAAGAACCGAAAAUAGAUUCUCCUCAUGACAGUUCAAAUGAGUGUUGUCCCAAUCAGCAAGCUAAUAAUAAUUCUUUUAGAAUUGAGAGGCUGAAUAGUGCAUCUCAAGUACAUAAUGGGCAGUUGAUGGAUGAUGAGUUCAGCAAUGGUUUACAUGGUUCUUUGAAUUCAAGUGACUGUAUAUCGCAGUCCUUUGUGAAUCCUCAAAGGGUCCUCUCUUCUCCAAUGGGUGAGCGAAUAAAGAAUAAUGUCCUCGAUAGCCUUCAGGAGGAAGAUUUUACAAAGCUGAUCUCACUGGAUCUUCAGGGUGAAAAGUCACACUAUACAAAGACCAUUGCUGCCAUCCUAAGGAACUCCAAGCAGCUGGAGUCAAUAACAUGCUUUCCUUGUGGUUCUCAUGAAUCCAGUUUUGUGGUUUGGAAGCGAAGUUUGAACACUCCAAAACCACUCUCCGCCAUUUCACAGAAGCUGGUGAAGAAGAUUUUGGUUGAUACUGUAUGGAUGCAUGGUGGCCUGCCACUGAAACCCCAAGAGGAAAAUGGGCUUCGGAACAAAGUUUGGAAAUUAGAAGGAGAUGAUGCUAAUGCUAGUCAUGUGUUGUCAGAGAGGAGGAGGAGAGAAAAGCUAAAUGAGAAAUUCCUCGUUCUCAGAUCACUGGUUCCUUCUCUUAGCAAGGUUGACAAAGCAUCCAUCCUUGGUGACACAAUAGAGUAUCUGAAAGAGCUUCAGAGAAAAGUAGAGGAAUUGGAUUCUCGCGGAGAGUUAGGUGAGUUUGAAGCAAGAGGAACAAGGAAGCAUCCUGACAUAUCAGAGAGGACAUCUGACAAUUAUGGCAACAAGGAGAUUGCGAAUGGCAGAAAGCCUAGUGCAACCAAGAGGAAGGCUUGUGAUAUCGAGGAAGCAGAGGUCGAACAUCAUUUGUUUCUAUCAAAGGAUGGUCCACUUGACGUUAAUGUUACUGUGAUUGAGAAAGAGGUUCUCAUAGAGAUGCACUGUCCCUGGAGGGAAUGUUUGCUUCUUGAGAUAGUUGAUGCGGCAAGCAGCCUCCAUUUGGAUCCUUUCUCUGUGCAGUCAUCCACUGUUGAUGACAAUCUUGCAGUGACAAUAAAAGCUAAGUUUAGGGGUUCAGUUGUAGCAUCGCCAGGAAUGAUCAAGCGGGCACUUCAGAGAGUUGUAGGUAAAUGUUGAGAAUAGUUAUUGCUCGCCAGCAAGGAAUGACCAAUGUCCGUAAAUCUUGAGCUUGUAGAACUCGUUUAAAAUUCUGAUGAGCCGUGAGAACAUAUUCUAGUCAACAUGUAAAAGUGACUUUUGUGCAGUCUCUUCGAGCUGUUUUAUUAGUAACUACUCUCUACUCUUCUCCUUGAUGAUUUUAGCCACUAUAUUUCCCUGGACAUGAUCAUGUUUACCAUGCGUUCUAAAACAUGGUGUUU